UGGUUCUGCUCGAUAUGAUUCAAGCCCCGGAAUAUAGAACGAUGGAGCCAGGCAUACUGCAGACGUGCAAGCACAUAUACCACGAAGCGAACUCGAUACUCUACUCGUAGAACGUAUUCAACGUUACCGAGCCGAAAGAGAUGUUUCGACUCAUCGCGCAAAUUGGUUUUGUGAACUUUAAGUUGAUAAAGACACUACGUAUCUGGAUGCCACAUACGGCUGAACUCUCUCCCUGGCUACAACUUCUCGAUAUAUUAGCUGAGGAAGCAAGUGGGCUACGAUGUCUUCAGCUUGGAUGGGGUGCGUACGUUGGGAAAAUUGGGGGGAGGGGUUUGGGUGAUAACUUGGACUUUGUGCGUGCUUUAGGAAAGAUCCAAGGGCUAGAGAAACUCGUUAUCGAAGGGUUCUAUGCGAAAAAUUGGCCAGCAUAUUUGGAAGAGAGAAUGGGUGUGCGAGUGCGCGCUAUAUGUGGUCGCUCUCGCGAGAAACGUGAGUUCAGAGCGAGAGACCUGAACGAUGCGGAAUUGGAAGUUGAGAAAUCGAUACGGAAGAUGGAUAACAGGGAGCUGCGGGAAUUCAGGGAGUAUCAGCAGGGAACAGAAGACUUGAUUCCAUAGAGCAUGGACUUUUACCAUCUUCGGCAACGGAGAGAGAUAGGUUAGGAUAGAGAAUAAAUGCACAGCGCACUCUCGCUCCGCAUGCUUAGCAC